AUGCUGUCACUUUGGUACCCAUGGGUCUCUUGAGUUCAUGCCAGGGAAGCAAGUUGGGAUGAGUGAUGCAUGCUAUCCUGACAGUCUCAUUGGCAACAUCCCCAAUAUCUACUGCUAUGCAGCAAACAACCCAUCAGAAGCAACUGUUGGCAAGCGUAGAAGCUAUGCAAACACCAUAAGCUACCUGACACCACCAGCUGAAAAUGUUGGUCUCUACAAAGGGCUCAAGCAGCUUUCAGAGCUCAUCUCUUCUUACCAAUCUCUCAAGGACACAGGACGUGGUCCACAGAUUGUGAGCUCAAUCAUUAGCACUGCAAAACAGUUAAUCUUGACAAGGAUGUUCCCUUUGCCCGAGGAACGUAUGGAGCUUCCACCAAAUGAGCGUGACCUUAUUGUUGGAAAGGUGUAUGCCAAGAUCAUGGAAAUAGAAUCACGCCUCCUGCCAUGCGGUUUGCAUGUGAUAGGUGAGCCACCAAGUGCCAUUGAGGCUGUGGCCACCCUGGUGAACAUAGCUUCCCUUGAUUGCCCAGAGGAUGAAAUAUACUCACUGCCCAACAUACUUGCUCAGACAGUGGGCAGGAACAUUGAAGAUGUGUACAGAGGAAGUGACAAGGGAAUACUGGCUGAUGUUGAACUGUUGAGGCAGAUAACAGAAGCUUCUCGUGGUGCCAUCACUGCCUUUGUUGAGAGGACUACAAACAGCAAAGGGCAAGUUGUUGAUGUUACAAACAAACUUAGUACCAUGCUUGGUUUUGGUUUAUCAGAACCAUGGGUACAACACUUGUCCAAGACCAAGUUCAUCAGGGCAGACAGAGAGAAGUUGAGAACCUUGUUUACAUUCUUGGGAGAAUGCUUGAAGCUAAUUGUGGCAGAUAAUGAGCUGGGAAGCUUGAAACUUGCCCUCGAGGGAAGCUAUGUUGAACCUGGCCCUGGUGGUGAUCCAAUCCAUAACCUGAAGGUUCUCCCAACAGGGAAGAGCAUCCAUGCUCUUGACCCUCAGACAAUGCCAACUAUAGCUGCCAUGAAGAGCGCCAAAAUUGUUGUAGACCGUCUGCUGGAGUGGCAAAAGGUUGAUAAUGGUGGCAAGUAUCCUGAGACAAUUGCACUUGUCUUGUGGGGCACCGAUAACAUCAAGACCAAUGGUGAGUCAUUGGCCCAGGUGCUGUGGAUGAUUGGUGUGCGCUCGGUUGCUGACACAUUUGGCCGUGUCAACCGUGUGGAACCUGUCAGCCUUGAGGAGCUUGGACGUCCCAGGAUUGACGUUGUUGUCAAUUGCUCAGGUGUCUUCAGAGAUCUUUUCAUCAACCAGACGAAUCUACUGGACCGGGCAGUGAAGAUGGUUGCCGAACUGGAUGAGCCAGAAGAGAUGAACUACGUGCGUAAGCAUGCACAGGAGCAGGCACAGGAACUUGGUGUUUCAUUAAGAGAGGCGACAACAAGGGUAUUCUCAAAUGCAUCAGGCUCUUACUCAUCGAAUGUGAACUUGGCAGUGGAGAAUGCAUCAUGGACUGAUGAGAAGCAGCUCCAGGACAUGUACCUGAGUCGAAAGUCUUUUGCAUUUGAUAGUGAUGCUCCAGGGGCAGGCAUGCGAGAGCAACGCAAGACAUUUGAGCUUGCUCUAGCAACAGCAGAUGCCACAUUCCAGAACCUAGACUCAUCAGAGAUUUCACUCACAGAUGUGAGCCACUACUUUGACUCAGACCCGACAAAGCUGGUGCAAGGACUGCGCAAGGAUGAGCGGGCACCUUCCUCAUACAUAGCAGAUACAACCACAGCAAAUGCACAGGUGAGGACAUUGUCAGAGACAGUGCGCCUUGAUGCAAGGACAAAGCUACUGAACCCUAAGUGGUACAAGGGGAUGAUGAAAAGUGGCUACGAGGGAGUUAGAGAGAUUGAGAAGCGGCUGACAAAAACUGUUGUAUGGAGUGCAAAAUCUGGACAGGUUGUCAACUGGGUUUAUGAGGAGGCAAAUGCCACAUUUAUUGAAGAUGAGGCUAUGAGGAAGAGGCUCAUGGACACUAACCCCAAUUCAUUCAGGAAGCUAGUUCAGACCUGCCUAGAAGCCAGUGGUAGAGGCUAA